GGAUCUGCGAGGUGGUCACUGAGGGAGCUGCUUCCCGGCUUAGGGAACCACCGCCUUUCGGCCACGCCACAAACUAGCCGGGCCACGAGCGUGCCCCGUUAGUCGGAGAGCCAAUCAGAGACGGGGAGGUCGUGGCCAUUCUGGUUUAGGGGGAACGCGUUUCCUCUGUGAUUGGGUAAGCUUCCUGCCAAUCAGGGCGGAGCCAGCGAAGGUUCGGCCAAUACAAGGAGGCGGCCGGGUCAGGCCAGUGGCGUACUGUGGGCUCGGGUGGUCGUUAGAGGGUUUGAGUAGCGGCUGAGGGGAGCAGUCGCCGUCCGUCCUUUGCGCAGGCUCUCGGCGUCUCGCGUCUGUCGCUGGCCGGUCGCGUCAUGUCAGCCGCUGCUUGGCUCUAGUUGCUGAGGUCGCCGCCCACCCGCCUGCCCCAAGCCGCGCCCACCGCCCAGAGCCAGAGGGAUGGUAGUAGUCACGGGGCGGGAGCCAGACAGCCGUCACCCGGACGGUGCCAUGUCCAGCUCCGACGCCGAAGACGACUUUCUGGAGCCGGCCACUCCGACGGCCACGCAGGCGGAGCACGCGCUGCCCCUGCUGCCCCAGGAGUUUCCUGAGGUUGUCCCCCUUAACAUUGGAGGGGCUCACUUUACUACACGGCUGUCUACUCUGCGUCGCUAUGAAGACACCAUGCUGGCUGCCAUGUUCAGCGGGCGGCAUUACAUCCCCACGGACUCCGAGGGCCGGUACUUCAUUGACCGAGAUGGCACACACUUUGGGGAUGUGCUGAACUUCCUGCGCUCAGGGGACCUUCCACCCCGGGAGCGAGUACGAGCUGUGCACAAAGAGGCCCAAUACUAUGCCAUUGGGCCCCUCCUGGAGCAGCUGGAGAACAUGCAGCCUCUGAAGGGCGAGAAGACCAUUUGGAGCGGAUCGUGGAGAUUGCCCGGCUGCGUGCAGUGCAGCGGAAGGCCCGCUUUGCCAAACUUAAAGUCUGUGUCUUCAAGGAGGAGAUGCCUAUCACCCCCUACGAGUGUCCGCUCCUCAACUCUCUGCGCUUUGAGCGGAGUGAGAGCGAUGGGCAGCUCUUUGAGCACCAUUGUGAAGUGGACGUGUCUUUUGGGCCAUGGGAGGCUGUGGCUGAUGUGUAUGACCUGCUGCACUGCCUGGUCACAGACCUCUCAGCCCAGGGCCUCACAGUGGACCACCAGUGCAUCGGGGUGUGCGACAAGCACCUUGUCAACCACUACUACUGCAAACGCCCCAUCUAUGAGUUCAAGAUCACAUGGUGGUGUAACAGAGGCAGAGACUGAGAUAGAAGAGGGAAGGACUAUCAGUCAUCUUCCAAGAUACUUGCUCUCUGUUCUCAUCAACAAACAAUGGUCUCAUUUUUGGAGCUGUUGCCCUUGCUUGGCACUUAGCCCAGCAAUGUGGCUCUGGCCUUGUUCUAACAAAAAAAUUUCUUACUUGGUUUUGUUUUAUUUUUGAGACAGGGUCCCAUGGAGUCCAAGCUUGCCUCAAACUCACUCUACAACUGAGGAGGAUAGACUUAUACUCUUAAUCCUCCUUUCUCCUCUACCUUCUCCGUCCUGGUAUCACAGGCUUAAUCCUAUCAUGCUUGGCCCUCAUGUUCUUUUCUUUUUAGGCAGGGUAUCCCUGUAGCCACAGCUGGCCUGGAACUUGCUACGUAGACUAGGCUGGACUUGAUCUCACAGAAAUUACCUGCCUUUAUCUCCUGAGUGCUGGGGAUUAAAGGCAUGAGCUACUGUGCCCAGCUAGCCGUGUUCUGUUCAUUCGUUCGUUCUUUCUUUCCUUCUUUUUUUCUUUCUUUUUCUUUUUUUUUUUUUUGACAGAUAGACUCUAUUCAGGAGGAUGUCCAUGUGAGUACAGAGCAGACAGUUAAGUCCAAGACCUUUGGUAAUUGGGCCUUGGAUCCUUCUUAUUCACACUCUAGAGCCUCACAGUGUUUGCCAAAUUAAAAUCCACUCUUGUGAGACAGGGAGAAACUGGUCUGCUCAAAUACAGGCCCAGAAUGCUUGCUUGAGGUUACAAAGAUGCUGGGUAGGAACAUCGUCCUUGUGCCUCUUGCUGGAGAUACCCUGUUUUCCUGUUCCCCUGUGUCAUCCUCAGGGUGGUGUGUUCUGUGGCAAUGUGGGAAGAGAGGGCUCCAGGCCACUGGAGCAGGCAGAGAAGGGACACUAGGGAAGGCAGCCCAGAGCUCCUUCCCUCUCCCCUUCUGUUCCUUCAUUUUUUUCUCCCCUUUAUAUUUGACUUGAUGUCUGAGGUAUGAGGGGAGACCAUGUACUGAAUCCUCUUGCAUGUGAAUUUACUUUUUUCCUUUUUAAACUACAAAAACUUUUGUAUUUUUAAUCCAAUGACUUCUAUAAUUUCUUGUGGCAAUGGACAGUUUUCUUUGUACUAAAAAUUGUAUUAUAAUUACAGUCCUUCCUUGACUAGUGAAAUAGGAAUAUGAAAUAAAGCAAUAUAUCGUGGAGGCUAGGAUAUGGCUCAGUAAUUAGAGCACUUGCCCAACAUGCACAAAACCCUGGGUUCCUUCCCCAGCACCACCAAAAAGAAAAAAAUAGGAGUCCAUCAUGUGAAAGUAGAUUUUUUCCAUCUGUCCCUCAGCAUUCUUGUCUCUAGUCCUCUCUGUCCUCCCAGAGCUCUUCCUAAAGGCCAUCUCUGAUGAGAAGCCAAGGCCAAACUGAAUGUGCUACUGGAUGUGGUGGCUGGGGAUGGAAGUCCCUCUGUCCACUUAAUCCUCCUUCAGCUGCAAAUGCCCAGGCCUGGAGCAAAAGAGGAGUUGGGAGGAAAGCUUUUUCCUGAUCCACAGGAAAUAUGUUCUUAUGGAAUUCUUGUGUAUAUAUAAUGUCAAUGCCUCUAGUCUGACAAGGUUUAAGGUUCAUCAUGGUUUAAGACAGGCUAGUCGUUGAUGAGUCAGAUCCAAGUGCCCUUGAGCUUCCUUCCCUUUUGACUUUGGGCACUUUUUUCCCUGGACAGCAUGCUCAUUGAUUGGGAAGAUGAAAGAUUUGAUAGGACUGCAGGGGGCAAUGCUAGCCACAACAAAAUGCAAUACAAAUUAAAAAUGCAAUAGUAACAGAAGAUGGAAAGCAAACCACCCUAAAACACAGCACAUCCCAGGGGAAGAAAUUCAUUGUUAAUGCUCUAAUUAGAAGAAUUAUCACCAUCUGUAACCUACCUCUGCAUGUUCGCCCGGCUGCUCUGUGCUUCCAACAAUGAAGGCAGCCAGCCAUACUCUGGAACUUCCUAUUUUCUCCCAGGGCUUAGGAUAUUUGGGGAACUGUCUCUGUCCCAGGCUGAUCAGGUUUUGAGUUGCUCAUUGGAAGAAUAGCAAACCCCUGCAAGACAAAGCAAGCGGGGCACACACUAGUGUGUGAUCCUGAGCUGAGUCCUGACUGAGUUAAGACAAAUACCA